UUCCCCUAUAAGUAGUUCAAAACGGUACAAGUGGUUCCGGACGGACGGACAAAACGCAAAUAAUAGCACAUUUUUUUUUUAAUUCUUAAAAAAUGCGCUAAAAAGAUUGAUACAGUAUCAAUUUUAGAGGACUCAAUUUUCCUCACAGAACUCCACAAAGACUUAUGUCUGUGAGUUCAGACAGGCACAGAACUAUAGAAGCAAUCGCAAUACUGUAAUUAUUUACUCUGGAAAACAAACCAACCUAUCAAAGAAUAACAACAGAUGUCAAACUGUCAUACAAAUAAAUGAAAAGAAUAUGAAUGGCAUUGGCAUAGAUGUCACAGCUCACAAAGUUAUUACAACUCGUAACAUUAUUUUAUUUAAUGAAGACAAUCCCAAUAUAAAAGAACCAAAUGAAUCUAUACUGUUUCUUGACAAUGUCAUCAACAGUGCUGCUCGAGCAAAGAACCAAAGCAAUCGAUAUGACAAUCGCAUUCAAGAAGCUGCAGGAUCUGGUCAAGCAACUUAUUAUCAACAACAUAUGAUUGGAAACCAGCCCCAAUAUGCACAAGAUUUAGCACAGAACAAUACUGAAUCAAGAGUAUUCAUAAGGAACAGCGAUCAAUAUGAAUAUUCUCGUACAGAGUUAAUAUUUAUAAGCUCUUUUGAAAAUCAAAGGAUUAGAGGUAGAUUCAUUCAACGUGUUUAUACCAUUUUAGGUAUUCAGUUAUCAUGUAUGAGCGGAUUUAUUUUUGUAAGUACAUAUGUGCAACCAGUUAAACAUCAGCUACAGAAACAUACACUGUAUGUGUUUCUAGCAAUGUGUAUAUUCCUAUUUGUGUACCUUACAUUAGUAUGCAGCAGAAAGGCUAGGAGAAGCUUUCCUUUUAAUUUCGUUUUACUGACCAUUUUUACAAUCGCAUUGUCCUACAUGUUGGCAAUACUUUCGUUGAUUUAUAAAACACAGAUAGUGCUCAUGAGUGUUGGGACAACAGUAGUUACAACCUUUGCAAUGGCAAUAAUGGCAUGUCAACAUUCGUGCGAUUGUACACGAUGUCUCCCCUGCUUGUGCGUUAUUACAUCGGCAACAAUUUUAUUUGGAAUUAUACUGACACUUAUUGCAGUAACUACACAAACACCACUUGUCUAUGCCAUUUACUCUGCUAUGAUUGGUUUUGUUUUCACAUCAUACUUGGUAUUUGACACACAGAUGAUCAUGGGAGGAAGGAGGAUCCAAUUAUCACCAGAAGAAUACAUUUAUGCAGUGCUUACUUUGUAUACAGAUGUUGUUGAAAUUUUAAUGAACACACUCCGAACUUUUAAUAUUUUUAAGAAAACUCAGGAAUGAUUCCGAUUUUCAUCAUUCACUCUGAAGGUAUACAAGGCUGUACAAAGAUUUCUUUAAAAUAGCAAUAUAUUUAGUAGUAUUAAUAACCAGAAUACAUAUGCUAAAGCAUCAUAAAUAGAUGGCUUACAAAAAGCAUAUAAACUCUCUCUUUAAAUAGCCUUAUUUUCAGUGCGUGCGUGUAAUCCAAAGAUACAAAAGCAAAAUUCGGUAAUUGGCAAAAAUUAUUCAUAAUUAAUGCCAUUUUUAUACUUCUACAGCAGUAACAACAUAAUUAUCAUUAUUUUGAGAUUCCAGUUUUUUGUACUCAGUUCAGUAACCAUUUGAACAAUAUUGAAAAUUAACAGCAUUAUCACUGUGUGAUGUAAAUAUCAUCAUUAA